AUGGGGACAAUUAACAGCCGCAUACACUCCUCAAUAAAACGGAGUUGUGGAAAGGAAGAAUCAAACUAUCAUGAAUAUGGUUUGAAGUAUGCUUUCAGGAAAGAAGAUUCCCAAAAAAUUUGGCCUAAAGCUGUGAAUUGGACAAUUCAUGUCCUCAACAGGAGCCCAACUCUUGCAGUGAAGAACAAAACUCCAAAAGAAGCUUGGAGUGGAUUCAAACCAGCAGUGGAUCAUUUCAGGGAGUUUGGGUGUGUAUCUCAUGUUCAUGUUUCUGAUUGCAAGAGGACAAAGCUUAAUGAAAAGAGUGUAAGAUGUGUUUUACUUGGAACUGACAAUAACAAAGAACCGGAUGCAAAUGCUCGAAAUAGAGAUGAUGCUGAAACUGAAGGCUUCAAUGGGACAGAUGAAGGCAAUAUGUCUAACUCAGGUGACUCAGGUGAAGUUCCUUCACUUAGAUCUCGUGAGCAAAGGCAGAAAAAGCAACUAAGCUAG